CGCAAAGGUCCUGGCGUGAGCGAAAUCUCAGUCAGAAUUCGCUCAGUGCCCAGAACUGGUUUGGACGGGAUGCUCAGUUUAACGUUGAAGUGACUCGGGCAACUACAAAUCCCAGGGAGCUUUGCUGGGAGCAGGUUUGUGCAGGAGGGUUGGCAUCCUGCAGGGACCAAUGGCAGCGGAGAACUCUUCAAACCCCUGCGUGUCAGCUGCCAGCGCUCCAAAGCACCGGAGAGAGCUGGAGAGCGGAGUGGGAACCGCCUGUUGCCCUGGGCUGAUUUAAAGUCCUCUGUGAGCUGUGAAUUGGCGUCAUAUUCUGCAACCUCUGUGCCGGCUGGAAAAAGCGCUACUGGAGUAGUGCCGAUGGAUGCGAUUCUGAACUGCAGCGUGGAGGAUUUGGAGGAUUACUACAACUUGCUAGGAUGCGAUGAGCUAUCGACGGUGGAACAAAUUCUUGCAGAAUAUAAGAUUAAAGCCCUUGAAUGUCAUCCUGACAAGCAUCCUGGAAACCCCAAAGCAGUGGAGAGUUUCCAGAAGCUGCAGCAAGCUAAGGAGGUUCUCACUAACGAAGAGAGCCGGGCACGCUACGAUUACUGGCGACAGAGCAAAAUCACCAUCCCCUUCCAGCAGUGGGAGGCCCUGAGCAGCUCCGUGAAAACGUCAAUGCACUGGGCUGUCCAAAGUAAGAAGGAACAAAUGCUGGAAGCUCCUGACUUCAGUAAUACCAACAUAACUCAUGAGAUUUGGACCCAGCAGAGGGAAAACAAUGAAGAUGGAUUGUUGGAAGGGAACAGGGAGCAAGAAGAUGUUGCAACUCCUGAUGUGAAGCCACAGUCUUCAAAGAAUCCAGACUUCCCAAGAUUUUCAGAGGGAAAUUACUGGCACUUGCGUUUCCGCUGGUCAGGUGAUGCUCCAUCAGACCUUCUGAGGAAAUUCAGAAACUAUGAGAUCUAAAAUGCAGAAUAUACAAGAGCAUGAUAGCAUGUGUUCAACAGCUCAGUAUUUUUUUUGUGUCAGCAUUUAUAAGUUAUUUGUAUUUUGUAUUCACUCAUUGUAACGUGUAUGUUGUUCCAAUCGAUGUCUAAAUAUGGAUUUAACACACGUGCUGUGAGCAUUACAGGUGGAGAUCUUUCUGUUCAACAAGCAAUGCCUUUUCAGUAUUAACAUGAAAUGAUUUUGUGAAGUUAUCCAGUCUUAUAUAUCGUUUCUUGUAUUCUGGAAUACUGCAUAGUGAUUAAUAUUUCUCGGAUUGCUGUGAUGUUAUAAAGAACGUACUCAGUAGAACAGAAAGUCCUUGUGGGACUCCAGGGUAUCGUUCUAUUCAGAGAUGAUCAUCCUAAAGCUGUUUGACAAUGAACUGUAAACAAAACUGUGCUUAGUUCUGAACUCUGUGCUGUGGUUCACUUCUCCAUGGCAUUGUACUCACUGCAGUGGUUUACAAUGCAGGCAUUACAAACUUAACUUGUUGGAGGAUCAUGAUUUUAUGAUAGAGAUGAAA